AUGGACGACGACGAGGAAAUGAAUGCAGAGAUGGCGGCCGCCAUGGGCUUCUCGAGCUUCGGCGGCCCAAAGUCAAACAAGCGCCGCAAGUUCAACCCUGGCGCCGACGCUGUGGUAGUCUCGUCCGCCACGUCCACACUUCCCCUUCACCCCCAAGAAGCGACCUCAGGGUCCAAUAUGACGCCACUGGGUGUCCGAAACCCCAACAACGAUGAGAUCGAUCUAGGUCUCGACGAGCAGCGACCAGAGUCAGCUGCUGACGAUGGGCCAGCAGAUGGAGAAGGUCAGGAUCCCAAUGGCGACGACCCGGAGCCACAAUACCUCGACACGUCGCGCCCAUCUGCCCCCAUUGCCACCGAUAUCGAGAACGAGGUUCAAUCCAAGAUCGACUCCAUACUAGGAUUUACACCUACCCAAGAAUAUUCCAGUCUAUCUUCGUUGCUUCCCACGCGAGGUGGAAUUGGAGGUCGGGGCGGUCGCGGGGGACAUCGAGCCAACCGAGGUCAAGAUCGGGAGCAGGGGAAGAAGUGGUGGGAGGACUAUUACGACCCAAACUUCAAUGUCAACCCUUGGGAGCAUCUGGAGCGUACCAAGGGUCUUGAAUCCCGGGGUUCGUGGAUGUCCUGGGAAGAAUCGAAGGCCACAAAAGGUUGA